AUGUCUAAUAUAUAAUACCGGAAGAAGAAAAUGGAAGCAUGUUUUCGUUUGAUUCAAUGUCAUGUAUGUUGAGAGUUGUGUAAUGCAGUUAACUUACGUAAAAUAGAAUAUGGGUGGAUCUGUCAGGAAGUUUAUUAGGCCUAAAGCUUACUAUGAUAUCGAAAGAAGAGCACUGAAACAAAUCGAAAAGGAAAAACCAGCACCUGCUCCCAAACACAGCACUAUAACGGAUCUGGACGAUGCUUAUGCAAAUCCUGAUCCAUCGCUCACACAAAAGAAUGAACGGCUGCACAGUCGAAUGAAGGACAUGUAUCUGGAGUCAUACGAACCAGCACUGGAGGUCAAAUCAAAAUCGAAACGACCGCUGCCAGAAAAUCGUUUACAUGUCGAGAGUUCAUUUGAUGAACAUGGGUACCAUAUUCCUCAGCGAAUUUCUCAUGGAAAAGUUAACUUUCUACAAAUGAUGGAGCUGUUGCGUAAAUACUCCGAUUCUAAAGGACAAUACAGCCCGGCAGACAUAGCCAAAGACUAUAAAGUGGACCCUGUGAAAAUACGAAACGUUGUGAACUAUUUUCAAGUUUUGCAAAUUCAUUUACCAAAAAUGGAAACAAAGCAAAAUGUCAAAAGUACUACAGGAGAGUUAAAUUCUAAGUCUGAUCGGAUGAGACUUACAGACGCCAAAGACAAGUUUACCUGAGGUUAAAGGAUAAUUAGGACCAUAUUCAAUCUUUGAUCCGCAGUUAUGUGUGAAUUGUGUAUGUGUGAGAGAUUUGUAUAAUUUAUGUAUCGCUUUCAAAUUGAUAUUACAUAAGUGAUAUAGUAAAUAUUUUUGUUUUGAUCGUGAAAUAACAACACAAAGUUUUAAUUGCCCUUCACUUACAUGUGGAAUCAUUAGGAAAAUUGGUUUAUUUUCGUGGAUUGAGAAUAAUCUAUUGGUUAAAAUGAUACAGUGAUAUUGUAAACCUAAUGUUUUUACAAAAUGAUACUGAAGAAAAAUAAUAAAGCAAAAUGUUGUACCA